ACAACCCAUUUCGUUCGCUGCAUUUUCUUCAAACAGCUCCACAGGUGAUUUUGUUGGAUUUAGACCCACAAGUUAACUAAUCAUCAAAAUGGCACAUGAAAUUGCAACUUCAGAUGAACCGGUUCUUCUGGUAGAAGAAAUGGAGCACGUGAGGUUGAUCACAUUGAACAGACCUCGUCAAUUGAAUGUCAUCUCAUCAAAUAUGGUUUCUUUGCUUGCUGAAAACUUGGAGAAGUGGGAAAAAGACGAUAAGGCUGAGCUUGUCAUCAUCAAGGGAUCAGGCCGAGCUUUUUCAGCUGGUGGGGACUUGAAAAUGUUUUAUGAUGGCAGGAAAUCAAAGGAUUCAUGCCUUGAAGUAGUCUACCGAAUGUAUUGGCUUUGCCACCACAUUCAUAGUUAUAAGAAAACACAGGUUGCUCUGGUCCAUGGACUUUCUAUGGGUGGAGGUGCCUCUCUAAUGGUUCCAAUGAAGUUUUCCAUAGUCACGGAAAAAACUGUUUUUUCCACUCCAGAAGCAAGCAUUGGCUUUCAUACUGAUUGUGGUUUCUCAUAUAUGCUUUCCCAUCUUCCCGGGCAUCUCGGUGAAUUCUUGGCCUUAACUGGAGCAAGACUUAAUGGUAAGGAAUUGGUUGCAGCUGGAUUGGCCACACACUUUGUCCCUCUUGAGAAACUGUCUGAUCUAGAGAAGCGCUUGGUAAGCUUAAACUCAGGAGAUGCUAAUGCAGUGAAGGCUGCAAUCGAAGAGUUCUCUGUGACAGUUCAGCCUGAUGAAGAAAGUGUCUUAAACAAGCAGUCGACAAUUGAUGAGUGCUUCUCCAAGGACACUGUGGCAGAGAUUAUAAACUCAUUUGAAGCUGAGGCAAAGAAAGAAGGCAAUGGAUGGAUAGGUCCCGUUCUUAAGGGCUUGAAAAGAUCAUCUCCUACAGGACUGAGAAUAACACUAAGAUCGAUUCGUGAAGGAAGGAAGCAAACAUUGGCCGAAGCUCUGAAGAAGGAAUUUCGACUCACAAUCAAUAUAUUAAGAAGCACCAUAUCCGAGGAUGUAUACGAGGGUAUCAGGGCUCUCACCAUUGACAAAGAUAACGCUCCUAAGUGGAAUCCACCCACUCUUGAAGAGGUGGACGAUGAGAAGAUAGACCUCGUUUUCAAGCCAUUUGCAGAAGAUUUGGAGCUGAAGAUACAAGAAAACGAAGAACUCAGGUGGGAUGGCAAAUACGAGUGUUCAGCCUAUCCAUCUUUUAAGGCGACUGAGUAAAGUCAAUAACUGUUUGUGAACAUCCGGGAGGUUACUGCAGGCUGAUUUUCAUGAUUAAAUAUGCGUCUACUUCAAUUGUUGCUCCAGUUGUAAACUUGAAGUACUACAUUUGUAUCAUCAUGUUUAUGAAAUAAGAUAGGCUUUGGGAAAUUGAAA